AUGACUAAUAAUGUUUUCACUACAACUGACCAAGAUGGCAUUUUAAGUCGUUCAACAACAAAGCCUGUCUAUCUUUCGAAAGUCGAAAUCGAAGGAAUACAGAAUUUAGAUGAUGAUUUUUUAAAAACUUUGAUUUCUCCGUUGCUAUCAACUUCAGAUCACACUGUCAACUCGUUAAAUAAUGCUAUACGUGAAACAACGACUAAUUUCAAUAAAACUGGCUUAUUUGAGAAAAUUGCUUGCUCAGUUGAUAAUGACUCAACCUCUUUGCUUGCCGCUAAUAUCAAAUAUCCUUUCACAAAUGAAGUCUUGAUUCCAACUGCUGCUAAGUUUAAGUUAAGUCAAUCUCAAGGCACUUUAACCACUUUAACAACAUCAACAACAACUCCUGUGCUACCAAAUAGCAACAACAAUAGUAAUGAUUUCAACAAUGAAUCCCUAUUCAGUUUUGAUUUCCUAAAUAGCAACUUCAAAGGUUAUGCUGAUUCUUUAUUAUUUAACUAUACUCUAUCUUCAAUAAACUUCAAUAAUAACCUCUCUUUAUCUUACAAUUCUCCUUUGAAUAAUGACAAGAAAAACCAAUUAUUAAUAGAUAUUUAUAGGUCAUAUUCAAACAAUCAAUCAUAUUCUAAACAUGAUCAAAGGACUUACUCCGUUUUCACUGGUUACCAAUAUUCUAAUUUUUAUGAUAUUAAGCAUGACAAUAACAAUAAUAAUUUUUCUUAUUUAACAGGUUUAAAUAUUGUUCAAGAUGAAGUAUUAAAUUCAAAUACUAAUUUACUUGAAAAUAACAUAUCUUCAAAAGUUUCUUUAAUUAAUAAUUUUUCUUACAAUAAUUUAGGAAAUUAUGAUCCAAGUUUUAAUUCUUCUCAAUCUUCUUCAAAAAACCUGAUUCCAAGCUCCUCUGGCUGUUCUUUAGCCUUAAAGAGUGAAGUCGCCGGUCUUGAUAAAUCAAGCAGAAAAUUUCAUAAACUUGCUUUUGACUCGACAUUUUAUAGAUCAAUUGUUAAAAAUGUUUUAACUUUUGAACAAAAGAUUUUAAUUGGUAACAUUUUCCCAAUAACCAUAUUCAACAACUCUGCUGAUGCUGACAAAUCGACUGGGAUCAAUGUUAGCGAUAAAUUUUUUGGAAACCUCACAGGUUUUAAGAAAAACUCAAUCGGCUUUAAUAAAGAUGAUGUUUACUUGGGUGGUAACUCAAUUUUAUUUAAAUCGUCCACAUUGUAUUCCAAGUUUCCAAAAUUUUUAAGUAAAUCACAUGUUUUGGACCCUUUAAGAUUUCGAUUAUCUUUGCAAUAUGGCGAUAUCUACUCAAAUGUUGAUGAUCUUAAGAAGGUUUUUCAGAAUUUAAACAUUUUCAGCAAAUUUUCUGAAAUUAAACAUAUCAAUAAAUUAUCAAAGGUUUUUGCUACAAAUCUAUCUGUUGGAUUAUUUUACAGCACAAAAUUCUCAAAUUUGGAUUUAUCAUAUAACAUUCCAUUAAGCAAUAGAGCUUGUGACAUUUCAAGACCAGGUUUACAAUUCAAUGCUUCUAUAUCGAUGGCUUAA